AUGGUCAACCCUCUACGAAGUGCAUGCGGUGGACAAGGAGUGCAAGGCCAGAAUUUGGUGGUGGCGUUUCUUGCUGGAGUCGGGCCACAACAGCUGUGCCAUAACGCGGAAUCUUUUACGAGUCCGACAACUACCUCAACACCUCAGACUACGAAGGAUUGGACAACGGCGGAGCCUUCGAUCAUCAGCAGUACGACAACGGCUCGGAGACCCACGCAGACGAAGAGUUUGCUGGUGGAUACUUCAAGAACGACGGCCGAGGAGACGAGCUCUUCGAGUAGUGUUAAAAGCACUCACAAGCCGAAGCCGACGAAGCACACGACGAAGCACACGACGACUAUCCACGAGGCAUCAUCGUCAUCGUCAUCAUCAUCAAUUGCGGCCCCGAUUACAAGCAGCUCAGUCGCGCCCAGCACGUCAAAGCAGACGAGCUCACCCACCAAGACCACCACGGGUGGCGGAAACGAGGAGACACAGUUCGAUGACGGCAGCGGUGGCGGCAGUCCCUUUGAUACGCCGGGCAACCUGAUGAACAGUGCGUCCGGCUUCACGAUCCCAGCACUAUCCCUUGUGCUCCCUGCGUUCGCAGCAGCACUCUUUACUGCGCUACGAUAG